AAACAGUCGCAUGAAGUUCUUCAUGUGUUUUUGUAUUUGACUCAGCAGCAGCAGCAGCAGCUGUAGUAGUAGUUUGAUUUUAUUGUAUGUUACUAAUUUAAUAUCAACAAAAGUGUAGCCGUAACUUCAGAGUCUCUUAAUUGGAGUGUUGGACAUGUCUCGCUUGAAACAUUACAUGAAUGACGAUGGGCCAUUGAUCCUGGAUGGUGGACUGGCGACUGAACUGGAAGCUCAGGGAGCCAAAUUACAGGGAGAUCCUUUGUGGAGCUCCAGGCUUCUGCAUACAAAUCCCCAGGCCAUAAGAGACGUUCAUAACAGGUUUCUCAUCAGUGGUGCUGAUGUUAUCUCAACAGCUACAUACCAGGCAAGUAUCACAGGUUUCAUCAAUCACCUGGACAUGAGCUCUGAAGAGGCCAGAGAGCUGCUGAUGUCUGGAGUUCAUCUGGCCAAAGAGACGGUGGAGAGAUUUGUCUGUGACAGUCGUCCAGCAGAGCAGAGACAUCCUUUGGUGGCAGGCUCUGUUGGGCCGUACGGGGCCUUUCUGCUCGACGGCUCUGAAUACACUGGGGCUUACGCAGAGGAGAUGAGUGUUGAAGAGCUUAAAGCUUGGCAUCGGCCGCAUGUCGAAUGUUUAGCAGCAGCAGGAGCUGAUCUCGUUGCUUUUGAGACAAUCCCAAGUAUCAAAGAGGCGGAGGCGCUGGUCGAGCUGCUCAGAGAGUUCCCGAACUCUAAAGCCUGGCUCGCUUUCUCCUGUAAGGAUGGGAAGUGUAUAUCAGAUGGCAGCCCGUUCACAGACGCAGUGAAGAUCGCUAACAGAUCCACGCAGCUGGUCGCUGUGGGAGUCAACUGCUGCUCACCAGCGCUGGUGGAGCCGCUGCUGGACUCUGCCGGGUCACUGCUGAGCCCAGAUAUGAGCUGGGUGGUGUACCCCAACAGUGGAGAGGAGUGGAACACUAAGCAGGGGUGGCUUGCGUCAGAUAAAGAAUCAGCAUUAAUACCCAAACUCAGUCGCACAUGGAUGAAACAAGGUGCUGCCUUGAUCGGAGGUUGCUGCCGAAUCUGCCCCGCUCACAUAGCCGAGUUACGACGGCAGUUGAAAGGAACGCCUCCGGCCUCUGCAGUAUGACAGGACUAAAAAAUGUUUGAGUGAUUGUUUUUUGUUGUGAAGAAAGUUGCAGGAGUUCAUAUAAAAUGUUGAUUUAUUGGAAAAUAAAUAAAUAAACCACUACAUCAAAUGACACGAUGACAUUUGUGUUGGGUCAAAGACAAAUGAAGGUGUCGAGAACAAAUCGUGGCUGUAUAUAAACAUGAAAAUGAACCAUGCAGUCUUCACUUUCUGUUGAGUUUUUUCACAUUUUGAAUGAUUUCGAGGGAUUAAUGGGUUAUCACUUCUGUACAGCUCCCGUCUUUUUUUAUUUAAAAACAAAAAAAACACGGGGAUCAUCUACGAGACAGUCUUACUGCAGGUUUCACAAAGCACAACAAAACGUCAGCUGCUUUCACGACACUUGAACUGGACGGCAAUCUCCACUGAACUAACCACUGUAGUACGUCAGGGUGCAAAACAAGCCCACUUACCUGUACAAUGAGUUUAUGGGAAGGUUAUGUCAUGUUUGAACAGAAUUUACAGCAAAUGUGUUGAUGUCAUGUGUUUUUCUAGACAACACGGGUUGAAUAUAGUGUCCACUCUUUGGAGUAUAACUGCAGUGAGUUUUAAGAUGAUGUCAUAUAGCCAUCGUUAAAUUAAGAGAAAUGUGUAGUAUAUGAUUAGUAGUAGUAGGAUGAAAAUACAAAUAGUCCUAACCUCCUUCUUUUAGUGUAACACAGGGAUGGACAAAAUAACAGAUAACUUACAAUACAGUGGUCGUGAUGUCGUAACCGCUCAAUAAAGCUUCAGGUUGCAAUUCAGUUUUUUAGAAAAAGUUCAUUUUUGAGGCCGUAGUUUCAUGUGCUGUUAAGA